CGGCCACUUGUGCGAUCCCGCCACCCCGCGCGCCAUGAGCCGCAGGUUCACGGUCACCUCGUUGCCCCCCGCGGCGUCCGCCGCCUCCGUUGACGCAGAGUCCCGCCGGCAUUCCGUCCCCGACCCCCGCCGGUUCCCGAGGGAAGACGUCAAAGGCGAUGGCAACCCCAAGGAAAGCAGUCCCUUCAUCAACAGCACGGACACAGAGAAGGGAAAAGAGUAUGAUGGCAAGAACAUGGCCCUGUUUGAGGAGGAGAUGGACACCAGCCCCAUGGUGUCCUCCCUGCUCAGUGGGCUGGCCAACUACACCAACCUGCCCCAGGGAAGCAGAGAGCAUGAAGAAGCUGAAAACAAUGAGGGUGGAAAAAAGAAGCCGGUGCAGGCCCCACGCAUGGGCACCUUCAUGGGCGUGUACCUCCCAUGCCUGCAGAACAUCUUUGGCGUCAUCCUCUUCCUGCGGCUCACUUGGGUGGUGGGCAUUGCAGGCAUCAUGGAGUCCUUCUGUAUGGUCUUCAUCUGCUGCUCCUGUACGAUGCUUACAGCCAUUUCCAUGAGUGCAAUUGCAACGAAUGGUGUUGUGCCUGCUGGCGGCUCCUACUACAUGAUUUCCAGAUCUCUGGGUCCGGAGUUUGGGGGUGCCGUGGGCCUCUGCUUCUACCUGGGCACUACCUUUGCCGGGGCUAUGUACAUCCUGGGCACCAUCGAGAUCCUGCUGGCUUACCUAUUCCCAGCUAUGGCCAUCUUCAAGGCAGAAGAUGCCAGCGGGGAGGCAGCCGCCAUGUUAAACAAUAUGCGGGUGUAUGGCACCUGUGUGCUCACCUGCAUGGCCACCGUAGUCUUUGUGGGUGUCAAGUACGUCAACAAGUUUGCCCUGGUCUUCCUGGGUUGUGUCAUCCUCUCCAUCCUGGCCAUCUAUGCAGGGGUCAUCAAGUCUGCCUUUGACCCACCCAAUUUCCCGAUCUGCCUCCUGGGGAACCGCACGCUAUCCCGCCAUGGCUUUGAUGUCUGUGCCAAGCUGGCUUGGGAAGGAAAUGAGACAGUGACCACACGGCUCUGGGGCCUUUUCUGUUCCUCCCGUUUCCUCAAUGCCACCUGUGAUGAGUACUUCACCCGGAACAAUGUCACAGAGAUCCAGGGCAUUCCUGGUGCUGCCAGUGGCCUCAUCAAAGAGAACCUGUGGAGUUCCUACCUGACCAAAGGGGUGAUUGUGGAGAGGCGUGGGAUGCCCUCAGUGGGCCUGACAGAUGGCACCCCCAUUGACAUGGACCACCCCUAUGUCUUCAGUGAUAUGACCUCAUACUUCACCCUGCUUGUUGGCAUCUACUUCCCCUCAGUCACAGGGAUCAUGGCUGGCUCAAACCGGUCCGGAGACCUGCGGGAUGCCCAGAAGUCCAUCCCUACUGGGACCAUCCUGGCCAUCGCCACCACAUCUGCUGUCUACAUCAGCUCUGUUGUUCUCUUUGGGGCAUGCAUCGAGGGGGUUGUCCUACGGGACAAGUUUGGGGAAGCUGUGAAUGGCAACCUGGUGGUGGGCACUCUGGCCUGGCCAUCUCCCUGGGUCAUUGUCAUCGGCUCUUUCUUCUCUACCUGUGGGGCUGGGCUACAGAGCCUCACAGGGGCCCCACGCCUACUCCAGGCCAUCUCCCGGGAUGGCAUAGUGCCGUUCCUGCAGGUCUUUGGUCACGGCAAGGCCAAUGGAGAGCCAACCUGGGCGCUGCUGCUGACUGCCUGUAUCUGCGAGAUCGGCAUCCUCAUCGCUUCCCUGGACGAGGUUGCCCCCAUCCUUUCCAUGUUCUUCCUGAUGUGUUACAUGUUUGUGAACUUGGCUUGUGCAGUGCAGACGCUGCUGAGGACACCCAACUGGAGGCCACGCUUUCGCUAUUACCACUGGACUCUCUCCUUCCUGGGCAUGAGCCUCUGCCUGGCCCUCAUGUUCAUCUGCUCCUGGUAUUAUGCCCUGGUUGCCAUGCUCAUCGCUGGACUCAUCUAUAAGUACAUUGAGUACCGGGGGGCAGAGAAGGAGUGGGGUGAUGGGAUCCGUGGCCUAUCUCUCAGUGCUGCUCGCUACGCUCUCUUGCGCCUGGAGGAAGGACCUCCGCACACCAAGAACUGGAGGCCUCAGCUGCUGGUGCUGGUGCGUGUGGACCAGGAUCAGAACGUGGUGCACCCGCAGCUGCUCUCCUUGACCUCCCAGCUCAAAGCAGGGAAGGGCCUGACCAUUGUGGGCUCUGUCCUUGAGGGCACCUUUCUGGAGAACCAUCCUCAGGCUCAGCGGGCAGAGGAGUCUAUCAGGCGUCUGAUGGAGGCUGAGAAGGUGAAGGGCUUCUGCCAAGUCGUGAUCUCCUCCAACCUGCGCGAUGGCGUGUCCCACCUGAUCCAGUCUGGGGGCCUCGGAGGGCUGCAACACAACACCGUGCUAGUGGGCUGGCCUCGCAACUGGCGGCAGAAAGAGGACCACCAGACAUGGAGGAACUUCAUCGAACUGGUCCGGGAAACCACAGCCGGCCACCUGGCCCUGCUGGUCACCAAGAAUGUUUCCAUGUUUCCUGGGAACCCUGAGCGCUUCUCCGAGGGCAGCAUUGAUGUGUGGUGGAUCGUGCAUGACGGAGGCAUGCUUAUGCUACUGCCCUUCCUGCUGCGCCACCACAAGGUCUGGAGGAAGUGCAAGAUGCGCAUCUUCACCGUGGCCCAGAUGGACGACAACAGCAUCCAGAUGAAGAAGGACUUGACCACGUUUCUGUACCACUUACGUAUCACUGCGGAGGUGGAGGUGGUGGAGAUGCAUGAGAGCGACAUCUCAGCGUAUACCUAUGAGAAGACACUGGUGAUGGAGCAACGCUCUCAGAUCCUCAAGCAAAUGCACCUGACGAAGAACGAGCGGGAACGAGAGAUCCAGAGCAUCACAGAUGAGUCUCGGGGCUCCAUUCGGAGGAAGAAUCCAGCCAACACUCGGCUCCACCUCAAUGUUCCUGAAGAGACAGCAGGGGACAGUGAGGAGAAGCCAGAGGAGGAGGUGCAGCUGAUCCAUGACCAGAGUGCUCCCAGCUGCCCCAGCAGCUCGCCAUCUCCAGGGGAAGAGCCUGAGGGGGAGGGGGAGACAGACCCAGAGAAGGUGCAUCUUACCUGGACCAAGGACAAGUCAGCGGCAGAGAAGAAUAAAGGCCCCAGUCCUGUCUCCUCCGAAGGCAUCAAGGACUUCUUCAGCAUGAAGCCGGAAUGGGAAAACUUGAACCAGUCCAAUGUGAGGCGCAUGCACACAGCUGUGCGGCUGAACGAGGUCAUCGUGAAUAAAUCCCGGGAUGCCAAGCUGGUUUUGCUCAACAUGCCUGGGCCUCCCCGUAACCGCAAUGGUGACGAAAACUACAUGGAGUUCCUGGAGGUCCUCACUGAGCAACUGGACCGAGUGAUGCUAGUCCGCGGUGGCGGCCGAGAGGUCAUCACCAUCUACUCCUGAGGGCCAGGACCAGACACUCCGGCCCGAGCGAGCCCGGCCCGCGGCCCCGGAGCCCUCGCCGCGCCACCCCGCCGCCGUCACCGUUUACAUAAACCCUGUUGCCCGUGCCCUGGGUCCUUUCCCUCCGCCCCCCCCCCCCCCCCGCUGCCUGCAGCCCCGAGGCCGCGCCCCUCGGGGCUGACCCAGAGGGCGGCCUGUGGGCCCCUCUUCUGAGCCCGGCCUCGCCCUGCCGGAGCAGACGCUGCAAUAAAGGUGGCGAGGAGGCGUGGAGAGGAGCGGAACCAUGGUCCCGGACCGGGCAGCUCCGUACCCGUCCCUCCCCACGCCCCGCCGCGCUCCACCCCCCCCCUCGGACCCUGGUCGCCGAGCCAGGGAGCCGGUCGGCCGCGCUAUACAUAGUGUACAGGAGACAUCGCGUGUAUUUUUAAUGUCCCCAUAUUUCUGUAACUAGAAGCGCAACGGACUCCUCGGCCGCGCUCUCCCCGCUGCGGGCGCACAGGAAGGCGGAAGCCCCGGGAGCCAGGCUUCCCUGCGCACCAGAGCUGAGAGCCAAGUGCUUUAAGGUUGGCGCUCUGUUCUCCCUUCCCGCCCUGGGCUUCCCUCUCUUCCCUCCAGUUCCUGGCGAACACAGGUGAGCCGGCGGCC